AUGGAACUUCUAGCAUUUUUUCUUGCUGUUUUGACUGUCCUGGUGGCAAUGGCAUUCUAUUAUGAACACCCCAAGGCAGAAAUCCCUCAUGGAUUUAGUCAGCGCCAAAAGCUUUACAUUUUUCAUUAUUGCCUGAAUUUCUUGUUUGGUCUGGCAACGCUUUUGGAAAAAGUAGGUCUCCUCUCAGAGGUCCAUCUACCCAGGAUGGUAAUGGAUGGAAUACCACCACUAAAAGAUAAAUGUCUUUUUAUCAAGGACUCAAAGUUCGAAAAGGUUAGAGUAAGAAUUUACCAUCCAAAAAUAUCAACCACUGGCCAAAGAAGAGGAAUCCUUUAUUUUCAUGGAGGAAUUGGACGGUUUGGAAGCAUUCGGGCCUAUGAAAGAACAUGCCGCUAUUUUGCUAGAAAAACCAAUUCAGUGGUCGUGUCUGUUGGGUAUCGCUUGGCUCCUAAGCAUCCAUACCCAACCCAGUUUGAGGACUGUCUCACUGCCACCAUACACUUCUUGAGGACUGCAGAAGAGUUUGGGGUAGACCCUUUCCGCAUUAUUGUCUGUGGAGACAGUAGUGGAGGUACACUUGCUGCUGCUGUUGCCCAAGCACUGGGGAACAGAAGAGAUCUCCCAAAGCUGAGAGCACAAAUACUAAUAUAUCCUUUCCUCCAGUGUGUGGAUUUUAAUUUGCCUUCUUAUCAGCAGAAUGAGGGAGUCCCCAUUUUGUUAAAGGAACGAACAGUUGCUCUUGGUCUGAAGUACCUUAAUAAAGACUUGUCUGUCUUGGAAGCAAUGCUUAAAGGUUGUCAUGUUCCAGAAGACUUGCAGCUGAAGUAUCAGAAAUGGGUCAGUCCUGACUACCUCCCUCAUGAGUUUAAAACAAGAGGCCAUAAGCCAAGUACUAAACAUCAAUUCUCCAAAGAAGUCUACACAGUGAUCAAGCCGAUGUUUGAGCCUGUUUUUUCACCAUUGCUUGCUGAAGACAGUGCUAUGGCUCACCUGCCUGAGGCCUUCAUUUUGACCUGUGAAUUUGAUGUGCUUAGAGAUGAUGGACUGCUGUACAAGAAACGAUUAGAGGAUCAUGGUAUCAAAGUGACCUGGUGUCAUCUGCAAGAGGGAUUCCAUGGAACUGUAUUCUUAGCUUUUUAUGGCAGGGUGAUAGCAUUCCGAUCUGGAAGUAAAGGUCUGAAGAUGAUAGUAAAUUUUCUAAGAUUGAUGUAA